UUCAGUAGUAAUGAGCCUGUCGGUCGCAGCUCUUUAGGUCACUUUCGAAAGCUCUCCGUCGUGACGAAGCGCCCUUGUUUGGGCUCGACCAAGUGGGUGGCGCAGAGACAGCGAGGUAGGCUGUGGUGGCGUUGAAGUGUAUAUGUUGUGGCGCGCUCGAUGCGAAGACUGCAGCGGAUCCUCUUGGAGAGGAAGACUCGGCGCUUCGUUGACCAGAUGAUCCACAAGUACAGCGACAUACGGCUAACGGCGACCACAAGAGCGAUGGCACGAAAGCGCUCGAGAAUUGAAGUGAAUGGCGUACGCAAGCCUCCUGUUAACCAGGAGCACGAUCGUGGCGAUUAUUCCGACGUGGCAGCCGAGCUAUCGACCUCGUCAUGUUGUCGAACAGAGUCAGAGCGGAGCUCGAGGCUGUCGUCUACAAGGCUGGACGUUGAACACUGUCAAACGGCAAAAGCCCACGGACGUCCGCAGCAACAGGAGGAAGCGCAGCUCGAUCGUUGGAGGAUGUCUGAAGCUCCAACAGUGUCGGAGUACAGCUCUGCUUCAUCAGCUAGGUUGACAAAUCUGCUGGAGGACGGCGGCGACGAAUUCGAUAACCAGGAGAACCAGGGGAAUCAGGGGAACCAGGAGGACCAGGAGAGCAUGAUUCCACGCAAUGCCAUCGAUUCCACCUUGGAGGCGUUUGUACAACAGGAAGAGGAGGAGCAGAACCAGGAGCACUCGAGUCUAUUGGAGGGCGAUUCUUCUUCGACAAAUCCCGAGGCUGCCCCAGCGUCGACCAAUUCGGUGGAGAACCAAAUCGAAGAGAACUCCCAGCUGUCAGAAGACUCGACGGAGUCCACACCGACAUCAUCGACCACUGAAACACUUCCACGACUACGACCAAUGGCUCCUGCACAUUGUGUGGUGCCCAACUGCUGCGACUACUUCACAUCACCCCACCCUCACUACCCGAAGGAGGUCAUUGGCAAGGCACAAAAAGUCGAAGAGCCCUUGAACAGCGAUCCCUCACAAACAAAUUCUACCAGCUCAGAAGCCACCAGUGAAGCCAUCACCAACGAAAGCGAUGGCCACUCCGAGGGUCGCUCGGAAGAACAGACCAACAACUCAAGCAGAGGUGGUCAAGACGGCGACGACUUUGAGAUGUGGGACUACGUCUGUCCGCAAUAUGCUCGUCGCGGAUAUGCCAAUGAGUGGGUCUGAGAUCGACUCUGACAACCGAUAGAAGUUAAUCCACGCCAUGCGUGUAUAUUGUCGUUUACAGUGAGCUCCCAAAAUUUUGCCGGUAGCAGGGGUGCACACACAUUAAACUAAAGUUAUUUUCCUUACAUGUGUCGCCGAUUGUUUCCGAUAU